AAGUUGAGCAAGUCCCUGCAGAAACCCUCUACCAAGGCUUACUCCCCAGCCUGCCUCAGUACAUGAUUGCCCUCCUAAAGAUCCUGCUGGCUGCAGCUCCCACCUCAAAAGCCAAAACAGACUCAAUCAACAUCCUAGCAGACGUCCUGCCCGAGGAGAUGCCCACCACAGUGUUGCAGAGCAUGAAGCUGGGCGUGGAUGUGAACCGUCACAAAGAGGUCAUUGUUAAGGCAAUUUCUGCUGUCCUGCUGCUGCUGCUCAAGCACUUUAAGUUGAACCAUGUCUACCAGUUUGAAUACAUGGCCCAGCACCUGGUGUUUGCCAACUGCAUCCCUUUGAUACUGAAGUUCUUCAACCAGAACAUCAUGUCCUACAUCACCGCCAAGAACAGGUACGGAGGACUGGGGACCCGGGUGGGGCGGGCAUGGCUCCCGCUGA